AGGCUGACGUUUUCUCCUCAGACACAUUUCACUCCUCAGAGCAACAUCUCAUGUCGUGCGAGAAGUGGCGCAGCCCCUCAGCUCAGCGUGAGCUGCGCAGACCGGUCAAACUUUUGGUGCACUCACGCUUUCAUGUGUUCAGACUUGUAAAAUAACUUUGUCACAACUCUUUGACUGCACAGGAAAAGUUUCCUGCGCAAACUAUGUGCGCUGAUUGCCCAACUCCUUACGCGGAAAAGGACCCAAUCGGGAUGAAGUCGCAAACAGAGCUCCAUACGGGCCAUCGUGGUGAAGGUGUUUGUAAGAAAGGAUGCGGGCUCCUGCUGUCCUGUGAGGAUGUUAACAGAGGGGACCACUGUUGUGUGGACGCGCUGCGCACUGUCACCGAUGCGCUGGAAGCAAGAAGCGCAACUUUGGAGCAUGAAACCCGGAUGGCGAGGCUCAGGUGGAACAGGAGGGAGCAGUCCCUGUUAGCCCAGGUGUCAACUCUGCAAAACGAGGCCCAGCUAUCGGCUCUCAAGUACCAACGGAGACUGCACCAAUACAUGCUGCACAUCAGCAGCAUUGCAGAGCAGGUCACUGGGUACUACAAGAGAGAUGUGAGAACAGUUGCUGACACGCAGAGCCAGACAUCAGAUAUAGCAGCAGAGGGAACGCCACAGGAGCAGCUCAACGCAACUGAGGUGAAUGGGAAGGAGUUGUCCAAGUCCAACCAUGAGGAGACUGUGGAGGCAUUUCGGGCUGCCAAGGACCCCGUCGUGGUGCAGGUCAUCAGGCGGACCCCCAGCGGCCGCCCCCAUGGCCCCCCUCAGGAAAUCCAUGUGGUGGAUGUGUGCACUCAGACCGACAUCACCUUUGAACACAUCAUGGCGCUGGCAAAGCUCCGGCCUUCGACCCCUCCUGUGCCUGACGUCUGUCCAUUUCUGCUCUCUGACAGCUGUCAUUCUCUUCAUACAAUGGACCAGGAUUACUAUGAAGGGACAGGUUACCUCUCCCCUGUACAGGCUGAUGGAGAGAGGACGGAGGAGUUUGAGUAUGAGGAAGUGGAAUUGUGUCGACUCAACAGCCAAGAGAAGUUGGGGCUAACUCUGUGCUACAGAACAGAUGAAGAGGAGGAUGUGGCCAUCUAUGUCAGUGAGAUCAGUCCAAACAGCAUCGCUGCCAGAGAUGGCCGCAUCAGAGAGGGGGAUCGCAUUUUACAGAUUAAUGGCCAAGAUGUACAAGACAGAGAGGAAGCAAUGGCUGCACUCUCCAAUGACGAGAGUAGGAACAUCGUACUGCUGGUUGCCAGACCUGAGAUGCAGCUGGAGGAGGCCUGGCUGGAUGAUGAGCACAGUGAGUUCCUGGAGCAGCUAAAGAUGGAAAUGUUGGAGGAGCAGCAGAGAGAGGAGAUGGAAUUGGCUGCCUUACAGGAGGAGCAGGAGAAUGAGCAGAGAGCAGAAGACGACAAGCCCACCUGCUCAACACUCCCUCAUCAUAAAGAUAGCGUACUGAGUAUAAAAGACAGAAUGGAGAGCUCAGAGCAUAAUGUCCUGGCACACAUACAGAGACGCUUGUCCCAGUGCCUGAGAGACAAUCGGGACACACACCAUGCCACCAGCUCCAUGCGACUGGAGGACAAAGAGGAUGAGGACGAUGAUGAGACGGAGGGUGAUCGUUUCCAGCAGCUCUUGGAGCUGAAGUGUCAGAUACGUAACAGCGGUGAGUACGAUCUGUUCUACAGCCGCCGCAGCACCAUUGAGUGCAACAUGGGAGAGCAGGGCGGUGUACAACAUGAGCUACGUAUGCUCAAUGAGGAACUGCGCAGCAUCGAACUGGAAUGUCAGAACAUUAUGCAGGCCCAUAACCUUCGUAAGGGCCAGCAGUCUCCCUCCACAGGCCACUCUGCACCCUCAACCAAAAACCAAAGCUUCCAUCGAAGUGACCCCUCAAGGGGUAAGCUGGCUGACAUUAAUGAGAGGCUGGAGAAAUCAGACAAGGACAGCUCCAGUGCCUAUAACACGGCGGAGAGUUCACGAAGCACUCCUCUGGCAAUGGACCGCUCGCCGGAGCACUCGCUCCAGAGGAUGGUUAGUCUCACCAACCAGAGGAACCUCUGCAGCAGCCUUGCCACUGGUUCUUCUCUUAGCCCAAGCCCCAUCCCAGCAUGCCUUGCUUCAGUCCCAGGGGAAGGCAGCAGCCAUGAAUACAGCAAUCCUUCUGAGUCGAACCAGACAACUCAGGCUGAGGAGGAGAGCAGGGGCAAAUUAAAGCCACAUGCUUCCCAUAUUCCUUACUUCUCUCCAUCCCACAGUUCCCAGCAGAGGCAGGUCAACAUCCCAGCACAUGCCCGCCACUACCAGAGCUACAUGCAGCUGAUCCAGCAGCGCUCAGCUGUGGAGUACGCUCAGAGCCAGCUCAGCCUGCUCAGUGUCUGCAAAGAGCCUCAGAGGCCCAAUAAUGAGCCCAAGAUGGAGUGGAAGGUCAAGAUCCGCAGCGACGGCACACGCUACAUCACCAAGAGGCCUGUGAGAGACAAGAUCCUGAGGGAGCGAGCCCUAAAGAUUAAAGAGGAGCGUAGUGGGGGAAUGACCACUGAUGAUGAUGCAAUGAGUGAAAUGAAGAUGGGGAGGUACUGGAGUAAAGAGGAAAGAAAGCAGCACCUGGUCAGAGCAAAAGAACAGAGGAAAAGACGAGAGUUCAUGCAGCGUAGCCGGCUGGAAAGCUUGAAGGAGAACCCUCAGAGCAGCAGCGAGGGUCGCAAGGAAGUCAGCAUUAUAGAGCUCAGCCAGAAGAAGAUGAUGAAGAAACGCAACAAGAAGAUCCUGGACAACUGGAUGACGAUCCAGGAGCUGAUGACUCAUGGUACUAAGGCCCCUGAGGGAGCCAAGGUGCACAACGCCUUCCUAUCAGUCACUACUGUAUAAAAGAAAAAAACACACACAUUCUACCCGAUGCGGUAUAAUAUACUUGCCUCGUUAAAUGUGGCAUUUUUAUGAGGACAAUAGGAAUAUUUUUCACACUUUGUAACCCAAAAAGCAUUUUGUAAAGAAUUUAUCAGUGGUGUCAUGGGAUUAUCUUCAUGCUUUUUCAGUAUUGUUUUUCACAUCACUCUGCGGGACAAACAUUUUUCUAUGAAAUUAUGACUAUAUAAUUAUUUUAUUACUUCGCUCUAAACAUUUUUAUCUUUUCAAUUCUAUUUUCAUAUUUAUGUUGUAUCCAUAAAACUCAAAAUGGUUGUAUGAGCAUCUUAAGACAAGUUAAGUGUUUUCUGUUGUGUAAUUUCUAUACAAUUGCAACACAAAAUGAAUCAGUGGGUCUCCAGCCUUUCACUUCCUUUUUAAAUGCUUCUUUCAUUAACGUAUGUACUUAUCCUUUAAAGCUGAAAUCAAUAACUCACUCAAUGUUGUUGAGAGGUAGUUGAGAUUAUGUUUCAGACUAUUGGUGCUUAGACAUGGACAAGAAGACCAACUCGUCACAAAGUCUACUACACACAUCAGGAAAUUAUGAAAGCUCAAAAAAAAGUUAAAGUAAGGUACAAAUUUCAUUUUUAAAAGAUGAUAGCUUGGCAAAAAGAGUUGAGAUACAGUAAAAUAAAUUCUUCACUUUAAAUAGGAAAUUAUCUUACAUUACAAUCUUAGUACUGUAUAACUUGCUCCUAAUAAAAGGUUGAGCAUAACUAUGGCAAGAAUGUGUUUAACUGCAAACUGCCAUAUCUCUAUGACGUUUUAGAUCUCUAAAACAUUAUAAAUUGUUAAUAUGAGCAAACAUUUCAAGUCAACAACUCAAAUAACUUUUGCUAAUAUCAUUUUUAUUAUCAGCAAUUUUAUAAAAGCAUCUUUUAAAAGUUCCGAUACCUCAUGUUACAAUGAAAUACUUAAGAAGCUGCUACACUGACUGGUCAAUUGAAAAACAACUUUGUGGACAGGAUUUAUGUACUAUAUACAGUAUAAUGUACUUAUGAGAUUUUUUUUCGCAAACAUCCCAAGAGUCAAAAAUAUUCUUACUCAUUGCC